UAUUGAUUGUUUUCUAUUUGGUGCUUUAAAUGGAAUUCAGACUAGGGUCGUAGCGGCCGCGAAUCUAUUAGUCAACAAAUUUAUAGAUAGUAAAUAAAUAAAAAUGAAUAAGUAUUCAUGAUGUGUGAAUGCUUGAAAAGUGGCGUCGAGAGGGGGUCAGGGGGGUCGCUGCCCCGGGGCCCGGAUCUACUGGGGAGACCGGACGAAGAUGAGGUGUGAGGUGUUGUCCCCGGGCCCUUACUGGCUCUCGACGCCACUGUGCUUGCAUUUGAUGCCGAGUGUGAUCGCGUGUAGUAAAUGAAACAGUACAUGUAUUUCUUUUAUUUAUUUAUUUUUUUUGCGGAUUGGGCUUUCCAUACGUUUCGAGUAAUUGUUUUUUUUAACCCCAAACGCGGUAAACUCGAUUUGUCACUGUUAUCGUCGAGGCGAGAACUUGAUAGAAUUCGUCACCUGGGAGGUCUAGCCUAGGCCUAGUGGACAAACACGGAAAUUCAAGAAUCCAUGUGUUUAAAUACUAUAAAGGGAAUAGGAUUAACAAUGUCAGUAAUAUUUAAGGUAUUAUAACUAUGAAUUCUGUGGCUGAAAACAUUGACUCUCUUGGCAAACAUUUACUUGGUUCUACACUGCUUGGCCCACAUCUGGUCCAGCCUGUUAUUACCGUUGCAGAGUGUAAACGCCGUUUGAGGACAUGUGCAUUUAACAGUCUUUUUCGAUAUCAACCAGGGCCGCAUAAUGCAACCAAAAUAGUGUGCAACGAAGGGGGAUUUAGUGUCUAUGAGAACUUGCUGGUGAAUGUUUACAAAUUGAGGGAAAGACGAUUGUAUGAUGGCGCUAGCCGACUGGAGGAGCUCGUUGAAAAGCUUGCUGCAAAAGAUGAAGAUCUUAGUACAGAAACAAAAGCUCUUUUACAAUUACUCUUGUUGUUGGCUGGUAGUGAAGAAACAGGGGCAGAAGUACCUAUUGGCCACAAACCUCUUAGGUUACCAAUUUCAACGCAGGUAAACAAGGUAAAGUACACUAAUGAAAUAUAUGCCCCAAAUAUAAUGAAGCUAGAAGCAUCUUGA